CACUUCCGGACCUUUAUUUUGAAGCUCAGCAACUGCUCUACACCGGAAGCUGUAGUCUUCACUGCGGCUAACUUCACACUUUGAACAAGAUGGCGUCUAGCAGAAAGGUGUGUUAGCAGAGUCUCUUUGUUGUGUUGAGAAAGAGGUAAAAUGUGUAAAGUCCAGAUGCUGAGAGCGUUGGUGGAGCAGCGACUAACUGCGGCUGCUGAAGAGAUAUUUGGGCUGUUUGAAAGAACGAUAGCAGAGUACGAGGAGGAACUUUGUCGUUCAAAAGAGGAGAAGGAGCGACAACGGGAGCUACUGGACGCUGUUUUCAACCCUCAGCUUCGGUUCCACAGAGCAGAUGUUGAGCAGCUGUUGGUGGUUAAAGGAGAGGUUUCCCCUGAGCAGCAGCAGUGUAGCUCCAGUGUGGACCAGCAGGAGCCAGAGCCCCCCCGACACAUUAAAGAGGAACAGGAGGAACUGUGGAGCAGUCAGGAGGGAGAGCAGCUUCAAGGGCUGGAGAAGGGUGAUAUCACCAAGUUCCCAUUCACUCCUGUCCCUGUGAAGAGUGAAGAUGAUGAAGAGGAAGCUCAGUCCUCACAGCUUCAUCAGAGACAAACUCAACACAUGGAAACAGAAGCUGAUGGAGAGGACUGUGGAGGACCAGAACCAGCCAGGAACUCACAUCCACAUCCACAACCAGAGAAUGAAGACCAGACUGGAGACUCUUCUGAACCUGAGACUGAUGGCAGUUUUGAUUGGAAGGAGACCAGAGAACCUCAGUCAGCUUUAAACUCUCUGAAACAUGAUUCAAGAUGUAAGAAAACAUUCAGCUGCUCUGAGUGUGGGAGAAGAUUUGGCCGCAAGCAACAUCUGAAGAGACACAUGAUGACUCACACAGGAGAGAAACCUUUCAGCUGCUCUGAGUGUGAUAAAGCUUUCACUGAAAGUGGACACCUGAAGGCACACAUGAGAAUCCACACAGGAGAAAAACCUUUCAGUUGCACAGUUUGUAAGAAAUCUUUUACAGAGAGAGGAAGUUUACGGAUACACAUUAGAAUCCACACAGGAGAAAAACCUUUCAGCUGCUCAGUUUGUAAGAAAUAUUUUACAGAGAGAGGAAGUUUACGGAAACACAUUAGAAUCCACACAGAUGUUGAGCAGCUGUCGGUGGUUAAAGAAGAGGUUCCUCCUGAGCAGCAGGAGUGUAGCUCCAGUGUGGACCAGGAGGAGCCAGAGCCCCCCCCACACAUUAAAGAGGAACAGGAGGAACUGUGGAGCAGUCAGGAGGGAGAGCAGCUUCAAGGGCUGGAGGAGGCUGAUAUCACCAAGUUCCCAUUCACUCCUGUCCCUGUGAAGAGUGAAGAUGAUGAAGAGGAAGCUCAGUCCUCACAGCUUCAUCAGAGACAAACUCAACACAUGGAAACAGAAGCUGAUGGAGAGGACUGUGGAGGACCAGAACCAGCCAGGAACUCACAUCCACUUUUACAACCAGAGACUGAAGACCAGACUGGAGACUCUUCUGAUCCUGAGACUGAUGACAGUGCUGAUUGGAAGGAGACCAGAGAACCUCAGUCAGCUUUAAACUCUCUGAAACAUGAUUCAACAUGUAAGAAAACAUUCAGCUGCUCUGAGUGUGGGAAAAGAUUUGGCUUCACGUCACAUCUGAAGACACACAUGAUAAGUCACACAGGAGAAAAACCUUUUAGCUGCUCAGUUUGUAAGAAAUAUUUUUCACAGAGUGGACAUUUACAAAAACACAUGAGAACCCACACAGGAGAGAAACCUUUUAGCUGCUCAGUUUGUAAUAAAUCUUUUACACAGAGUGAAAAUUUACGGUCACACAUGAGAAAUCAUACAGGAGAGAAGCCUUUCAGCUGCUCUGAGUGUGGUAGAGCUUUCACUGAAAAUGGAACCCUGAAGAAACACAUGAUAACUCACACAGGAGAAAAACCUUUCAGCUGCUCAGUCUGUACUAAGCAAUUUGGCUACAAGUCAGCUCUGAAGAAACAUAUGAAAAUCCACACAGGAGACAAAUCUUUGAGCUGCUCUGAGUGAGGUGAAGCUUUCACUGAAAAUGGACACUUGAAGACACACAUGAGAACUCACACUGCAGUGUUUGUGACAAAAGAUUCAACUGGUGCACCAGACUCAAAACCCAUCAGUGUAUAGAUCAUCAGUCCUCACAGCUUCAUCAAAGACCGACUCAACACAUGGAAACAGAAGCUGAUGGAGAGGACUGUGGAGGACCAGAACCAGACAGGAACUCACAUCCACUUUUAC